CGAAUCUGUGAUCCCGGAGCGAGACUCGCGACACCGGGACUUUGCAGAUACUAAAAAGUGUAAAGGUGCAAGAUAUGCAAGAAUGCAUGCCCAGGGAGGAGUCAUACCGCUCCGCUGCAACCAGCUAACCUAGUUUUGAUGUCUCAUGCAUGCUGUCAAGGUUGAGGAAACCUUGUGUUUCUUUUCUCUAAUGCAUGGCGGGUGUCGGUAGGUGGUUGCAUCUCAGCGACAAGACGACAACAACAGCAAUAUGGCCAGGAUUGGGACUGACGCUAUCAGGUCCAUGCUCCCAGCCAAGCACGGCGCGGUCAGUAAUUUCUCGAACUCAAUUGCAGCUCGUCGUUUCUAAGCAUAGACCAAAUUCGACAGGACCGGCCAUUGCCCUGCCCCGAGUUUCGACAUCGGACUGCCCAGCUUGCAUCGUCGAGUCUCCACCUGCCCGCCAACUAAACACAUAUACACCGGAUCUUCGACAUAGCAACACAAGUGAAUUCAAGUCUAGAACCCGCCUCCGGGGGCGACUUGGCAUCUUGGGUGGUACGUGCCCAACAGAGUGGAUCUUUUCCCGGACCGUGGACCCAGUUCCCGGGAUCCACUCCGACUGAGCUGUCAUGCCUCUAUACCGUCUCCAUCCCUAGCCGAAAGUGCGUGGUGGUAAUCUUGGGACUGCGAUUGGGUGAAAUUCCAACAAAGCUAGGGAGUGAGGCUG